AUGCGUAUGGGUUUUCGACCUCUUGUUAAUAUGUCAGCACCACUUGGUGCUAAUAUUAAUUCAAUAUUUUCAACAACAACAGCACGAUCAUUGGUUAAUCCAUUUCUUAAUCAAUCAUCAUAUCCAAUUGAUAAUAAUCAUCCACAACAACAACAUAAAGACGAUGAUAAUGGUGAUAAUGAUGAUGAUCCUGAUCUUAAAGUUGAAUUAGAAAAUAAACAAUUAUGGGAUGCUUUUCAUAGCCAUGGAACAGAAAUGGUUAUUACAAAAAGUGGACGACGAAUAUUUCCAGCUUUUAAAGUGAAAGUAACUGGUUUAAAUCCUCAAGCUAAAUACGUCUUUUUAAUGGAUAUACAAGCAGCUGAUUCACAUCGAUACAAAUUUCAUAAUUCAAAAUGGAUGGUUGCUGGUAAUGCUGAUCCAGAAAUGUCAAAACGUCUUUAUGUUCAUCCUGAUUCACCAGCAACAGGUGAACAAUGGAUGUCAAAAUCCGUUUCAUUUCAUAAACUUAAAUUAACGAAUAAUAUUUCCGAUAAAAAUUCUUAUACAAUACUCAAUUCAAUGCAUAGAUAUCAACCUAGAUUACAUAUUGUAAAGACGAAUGAUUUAAUUAAAAUACCUUGGUCACCAAUAAAAACAUUUAUAUUUAAAGAAACACAAUUUAUUGCUGUUACCGCUUAUCAGAAUGAAAAAAUUACCCAAUUGAAAAUAGACAAUAAUCCGUUUGCAAAAGGUUUUCGAGACAAUGGAGCGGCAAGCAAGCGUGAUAAAAGACGACUCAAUUUUGAUCUCUCUUCGAAUACAACAUCAUCAUCAUCAUCGGGAAUCUUAUUUGACAAACCACCAAUUCCUCAUAUACAUAAUUAUCAUCAUUCAAUUGAAAAUUCUUCCGAAAAAAAUGAUGAUUAUAUUGAUAUUGAAUCAAAUAAUCAAUAUGAGAAUGAUUCUAUAAAUGUAAAACGUACACCGAAUUUAUCAUCGCCAACAUCAAUUAGUACAUGUUCACCACCAACAAAUCAUCAUCAGCAUCAUCAUCGUUCAAUGCCUCUUAUAUCACCAACAUAUCCAUAUGAACAUCGAUCAAUGAAAAGAUCUCGUUCACCAUCCGCCACACAUGAAGAAACAAAUAAACGAGUUUGUUUAACAAAUAAUACACGUCCAGUUGUAAAAAAUGAUUUACGAAAUAUUGAAUCAUUAAUUGAACGUGUACCAGAAAAACCUGUUGCAACUCCUCCGACAAUAAUUGAUCCAAAUUAUCUUUAUUUAUUUUAUAUGGCACAAUUUAAUAAUCAACAAAAAACGCCACUAUUACAUCCACAUGCAUUACAACGAUAUUUA